GAAAGGUACUUGAAAAUUUUGGUGAACGUGUGGGGUUAAAUAAGUAACCAAUCACGUUUAAGACCAAACAACCAAUGUGUGGAUUACAUAAAUGCUGAAUGCUAGCUUCUUCUAUGGUGUAUCUUGUCACACUAAACAGACUUCUAAGGACUCAAAUUUCAAGCCUAUGACUUUGGACUUCGGACUUGACACGACUUGGACUUUCAAGUCCUUACUUUAGACUUGACUCGAGACUUACUUGUCUUGUGUGACUUGUUCCCACUUCUGACAAUUACUAUGGGUCUGCUUUUCUAAUCUUGAUGCUUUUUUAGCACAAGUCUAGAAUAAUCGCUACCAUUUUAACGUCAAUAUAAUUUACACGACAGACAUCAUCAUCAUCGAAAAUAUCAAACAUUGUGUAGAUAUACAGUAUUUCCAGCAGAUACUACAAUAUUAAGUAAAAAUGAAGGUGAAAUGAAAUAUAUAUACUCACCUAAAAGGCUGCUCUGUUUUGUUGUUUGUUUUGAGACUAGCCUGAUGCUAACAGCGCGGUCGUGCUGUUGUAUUUUAGCUUUCCAUUAGCAUUUAAUGGACAAAAACAGCCACUAAAUCACUAUACAUGCAUUUUAACCUUGCACUGCUAGCUUGCGUUUGCUAAUUCUGCUCACUCACCAAUCAGAAUCAUUUUCCUGCACUUCAAUGCAGGACUGAAAUCUGAUUGGAUGAAGGGUCUGUUUUGAACUUCUUUUGAACAACAAAGGUAAAUCACCAAUGUGUUACAUGCGCAUAUUAGCUUGUUAGCAUCUAGCUAAAUGUACAUCACAGCUAGAAUAAGUAUUAUUAAGUGUACUUGUAUAUAUCUGACUGUAUGUAUCGCCAGUAUUAUUUUGUGCUUGACAAAUCCUCAUUGUACAUACUGUAUAAUAAUUGCAUGUACUUUUUUUGUUACGUUUGUAUGGUAUUGCACUUCUGCAUGACAACUAAUACACUUAUUUUUUACCGUGGGCCCUUGGCAACAACAAUAAACGUACUGUUUUCAUGACCAUGGCAAAAGUGAGAGCCGUGCUUAUUCUCUUUAAUCAUGAAAGUUAAAGUCAGUAACAAUAAAGAACAAUGAUGACAUAUGUGAGUCACUAUAUCACAGUUACUGUGAAAGUGACAAAGCUAUUUAAAGCCCGACGCUUGACACUCGCACAUCUCUUUUUGAGUCACGUGACCUGUGUUGUGGUUUCUAUUUUCCUCCUAUUUCUGCAACAUUUCCUGUCCAUUGCACGAAAAUGGCAAGCCGCUCUGGAUCUGUGAUAUAUCCGGCACAUCGGAGGCCCUCCUCUCUGUUCAAAUGAGGAAGUGAGAAUGAAAGACUGGACUUGUGAAAGAUGAACAAAAAAAUCGUCAGUAAAUGUGACACUAGUUGAAGAGUACAUGCAAAACUUUUGAGGUCUUCGCUGCCGGACAGGAUGCAGAGUUGCCAGGCUUGGUGCCACGGCAAUAUAACUCGAUCCAAGACAGAGGAUCUCCUCUCCAAAGCAGGCAGAGAUGGAAGUUUCCUCAUUCGUGACAGCGAGUCCAUACAAGGAGCGUUUGCUCUGUGUGUUUUAUUCCAGAAAUGUGUGUACACAUAUAGAAUCCUGUCGAAUGAGGACAAGAAGCUCUCAGUCCAGGCAUCAGAGGGAGUUCCUAUCAGGUUCUUCUCCAUGCUGCCGGAACUGGUGGAGGCAUACCACAACCCCAACAUGGGCCUUGUCACGCACCUGCAGUAUGCCGUACAAAGGGAAGAGGAGCCAGAGGAGGAGCCAGAAUCCAAGAAUCCUCCACCACAGCUUCCGCCGAGAAACCUCCCCGCCAUCGAUGUGAAAGAAGGCCUGUCAGAUACCUUCCUCAUGAGGCUGCAGCACAUGGACAUGUCCAUGAUAGCGGAGGAGCAGCAAGUGCUCAUUCUGGACUACUUCAGGACCACGAUUUGUCUGGAUGCUGAACAAGCACAGAACGGGAACCUCAGCCUCCCUGGUCUCAAGAAGCUCACCAUGGCAAUCUGCAAGAAUCUAAACGGUGAAAUUUCCCGCGUCCUACCAGCUCUGGAGGCUUGCCAGAGAACGUUGGACCAACAGCUCUCACCAGGGAUUGGACCGCAUCCGAAACAAAUUUCUGCAGAUCCUGGCCACGCCGUGUCCUUCAGGCUUGAGCAACUGACCAAACUUCUCUACUCCAUAGAGGAUAAGGCUAAAAACGCUGUAUUUGAAUCUGUGGGCUAUGACGGAGGCCACAGAAAGUCCCUCAUCCCACCUGUUGUCUUUGAGGUCAAGCAAGAAUCUCUUGGAAUUCCUACAAAGAUGUUUAUGAAAGUGGACGUUGAGGGCGGUAAACUCCACUUCAAGAAGUUAAAGGACGGGCCCGACGACAAAUACUUUGUACACAAUAAAAUCAGGCAGUUGGUGAAAUCCCAGAAAAUGCAGGCCAAGCUUGUCAUCGUGGUGGAAACCGAGAAAGAGAAGAUCUUGCGCAAGGAGUUUGUCUUUGACAACGCAAAGAAAAGGGAAGGCUUCUGUCAGCUCCUUCAACAAAUGAAGAACAAACACUCGGAAAAACCUGAACCGGACAUGAUCACAGUGUUUGUCGGCACCUGGAACAUGGGAAACGCCAGCCCCCCCCACAACACAAACUCCUGGUUCCAGUGCAAAGGCCAAGGCAAGACACAGGAUGACACAGCCGAUCACAUCCCGCAUGAUAUUUAUGUCAUCGGCACCCAGGAGGACCCUCUGGGCGAGAGGGAGUGGGUGGACACGGUGAAGAGCGUCUUGAGGAACAUCACAAACAUCAGCUUCAAACAAGUCGCCAUUCACACGCUGUGGAACACCAGGAUUGUGGUGCUCGCCAAGCCCGAGCAUGAGAACAGGAUCUCUCACGUUUUCUCCGACAGCGUCAAAACAGGGAUAGCGAACACUUUGGGAAAUAAGGGUGCGGUGGGCGUGUCUUUCAUGUUCAACGGAACAUCCUUCGGAUUUGUCAACAGUCACUUGACUUCAGGAAGUGAGAAGAAACUCAGGCGUAACCAAAACUACUUGAAUAUUUUGCGAUUUUUGAAUCUGGGUGAUAAGAAGGUGAAUCCAUUCGACAUCACCCACCGCUUCACACACCUCUUCUGGCUGGGUGACCUCAACUAUCGCCUUGACUUGCCAAAUACGGAAGCCGAGUACAUUGUGUCAAAGAUCAAGCAGCAGCAGUACCAGGAACUCCUCUGUAGAGACCAGCUCACCAUGGAGAGGAACGACCAAAAGGUCUUCUUGCACUUUGCCGAGGAGGAGAUCACAUUUGCGCCGACGUACCGCUUUGAACGCUACACGCGUGACAAGUACGCCUACACAAAGGCCAAAGCCACCGGGACUAAAUAUAAUUUGCCGUCAUGGUGCGAUCGCAUCCUGUGGAAGUCCUACCCUCUGGUCCAUGUCGUCUGCCAGGCGUAUGGGUGCACUAACGACAUCAUGACAAGUGACCACUCACCGGUGUUUGCCUCAUUCGAAGUGGGAGUAGCCUCGCAGUUUGUCUCCAAGCGAGAUCCAGACAAUGCGCCUCAAGGCGGCAUACAGAUCAUGAACUGUAAGGCCACCCUGCUGACAAAGUCAAAGACCAAGUUCUUCAUAGAAUACCACUCCAGCUGCUUGGAAAAAACUGUUAGGACAUGUGAAGGCGAGAACACGGAACACUCGGACGGCUCCAUCAAAGUUUGGUUUGGCACCCAAGUCCAGCUCACUCCAAUCAUCUCGGACGCUGAGUACCUUUUGGACCAACACAUCCUCAUCUGUGUGAAGUCCACGGACUCGGACGAGUCGUACGGAGAGGGUUGUGUCGCACUGCGAGCUGCCCAGUUCUGCUACACCGAGUUCCAGGUAGCGCUCACGCACCACGGCGAGAACACGGGCGUCUUGACCGGCGGCAUUCAGCUGCACACCUCAGAAGGCAAACCCACUGAGAAGUUAUACGACUUCAUCAAAGUGGAGAGAGAUGACGCAAAGGGCAAAAGCGGCGAGCCUAACAAGACGUCGGCUGGCCAAGCGCACGACAUAUCCAACCCAAGUUACAUGGAAGUGUCCUACAGGAGCGACAAUGUGAUCGCCAAGGGUUGGAGCUACAGCUUGCCGCCCAAAACCCUGCCCAUCGCCAGGCAGCCCAGUAAAGACUCCAAGAAGAGUCCCACUGGCAAACCUGUAAAACCAGCGGAUGUGGAGGUGUCAAAGAUGUUUGACAAUCCACUUUACGGAUCCACGCGGACAUCUCCAAUCCAAGGCAAGGAUCAGGAAGCCUUACAGAAGAACCACCUUAUGCCCCCGGACCCCAUGUUUGGACCCAAGCUGCCAGAGGGUCCCCCGGUGCCCACCCCUCGCAGCCGCUCCUUCACCUGCUCCGAGUCCAAACCGGCUCUCCCGGCCGCCGUGGCCCAGUACAAGAAACCCGUGGUGCCGUCGCGCUCGCAGGGCUGCAUGCCGACCAGCCGGCCGCCGCUACCCGCCAAAGCUCGCCCGGGGCCUGCGGAGCUGCAGGCCCCCAAACCUAGAGACUACAGGGACAUCUCAGAACUCCCUGGCAAGCAGCAAGCACCAGCGAGGCCCGGAUUGACUCAGUCCCAAAAGGACCGUAAGGGAGACCACCUAUAGUUCUCAUAUCAGUUUGUCAACUUUGUUUGGAUCCUUUUCAAAUCACAAGCCAAUCAAAAGUCCAGUAGAAAGUUGAAAUAGUUGGGAAAAAACAGCUGCAAUUCUACAAGAAUAAAGUCAAAAUAUGAAGAGAAAAA